UAUCUGGUUUCAUGUUAGACCACCAAAUCUACCUGAGUUCAGGUGUGGCUGUUGUGUAGGCAGACGCUUGACUACUUGUCUUAAGAUUUGUAACAGUUUUUCACUUUCCGGUAAUUUGGAAAGAAAUCAAAGGGGGAAAGACAACUGCUAAACUAGAUAACGUUCAACAAACGGAGUAUCUUCAGAGUACGAUGAUCGUUUUUAUUUUCCUCGGGCUCCUUCUACACAGGGCGGACUCACAGUUCACAGCCUCCACCAGCACCCCACUCCUCAAAGUCGGGGAGAACGAGGGUGCUGAUCUGAAGUGCACUUACUCGAGCGACUUCAACCCGAAUCCCAGAAUUGAGUGGAGCUUGAGGAGAACUCGGGGCUCCUCAUUUGUCUUUUUUGAUGGCCAACCAACAAAGCCAUACGAAGGCAGAGUGACGCAGUAUACUGGAGGCCUGAGAUUUAACAGUGUGACCAGGGAUGAUUCUGGAUUAUAUGUGUGUACAGUAGCUGGAAAUGCCCAUUCUGCUGAGGCCAAAAUCAAUCUGGUUGUUUUAGUUCCUCCAUCAGUUCCAGUCUGCCUCAUCCCUACAUCUGUAAGAACUAGUCAGCAAGUCAUUCUCUCAUGUUUCGACAAGGAUGCCUCUCCGCCAGCCACGUACAAGUGGUUUAAAAACAACGAACCCCUUCCUGAAGACCCAAGCAAGUUUGCGGCCUACAAGAACAUGACUUACAAGAUUGACCCCAAUACUGGCAACUUGGAGUUCCCUGCAGUUGCCCAAGCUGAUAAUGGCGAUUACUCCUGCGAGGCCAGUAAUGAAGCUGGGCCUCCCCAGCGCUGCACUGCAGUUCGGAUGAUGUCAUAUGAUCUAAACGUAGGUGGAAUUGUUGCUGGGGUUAUCUUUGCAUUGCUUGCAGUUUGUGUACUCGUGUUUGGGGUGUGGUUUGCUUAUCGCAAAGGAUACAUACCAAAAAUGUCUGAAAGCAAGCCUAAGACUGUGGUGUACUCUCAGCCAGCAGCAAACUAUGAGGAUGAUGAGGAUGGGGAGUUCAGACAGAAAUCAUCUUUUGUGGUGUAGCAGCAACAUCUGGCACUGAUAACCAUGUCCUGAACUGCGUUUCAGAGGUAGUGCACAAGGGACAUUGGACAAAACAGUUUUACAAACUCUUAACUAUGUUUGAGAAGUUAUUGAUUGUACAUUUCAUUUAUUUUUCAUACAAUUGUGUAAAAAUGUUUUUAUAUGAUAUCAUGCUCACUGAUAUUUCCUUGGCUAUGCUAGAUUUUAACAUUACUUAGAAACAGGAUACAUGUACAUAAUAUAAGCAUUUCAGAUAGGUAAACAUGCAUUGUAAAUAUACUCUCUCACUCACACAUGAUGUUAGCAGCAGUUUCUUUGCAGACUUUGCAAUGGUUUCUAGCAAGGACACUGAAUUGGUAGAUCUGGAUUUAGGAUGGACUUGAGCUUUCUGAUAAAUGUAUGUGUACAGGCCUAUUUGGAAUAUUCAUAUUCCCAUCAUUGUGUUAUUGUUGGAUAUUAAUCAUGAAUGAUCAGAGAAUCAAUGGAUGAAUAGUUGCUUGGGUUUGAGGCCCUCUGCCCUUUGCGGUGUGAUGGUGUGUCUGCAUUGGGAGGUUGUUGAUAGAGAUGUUGUUUGAGCAGGUCGUUGGCAUGUCUGAAUGGCUGUACACGGUUUGGUUUCUCUUCACACCACCCAUGAACAAGGCCUUGGCAUUCGUAUAGCCCUUAUGUGUGAGUCAUCUGCUUUUCAUAAUUGUGUCUGGAGUCAAAUGUUAUCUGUGCUUCCGGUCUACAACCCAGUGCUUUCUGCUGUGUAGCUAUAACAUGGUGCCACAGCUGGGCCAGUGGAUGUUCAUUGAUUGAUUGAAUCUAAACAUCCUGUCGGCAGCUUGAUGUCCCUCUUAGGGAUCCCAUAUUCAUAGACAUGAAACACACCGAGACAUGUGGUUCAUGAUUCAUGUGAUUUCUAAUUCUCACCACUGCUCUUCAUUGAGGUCAGGGGAAAGGAUUGAUUUAGCUACAUUUGUUUUUACAUCAUGAAAAGUGCUUACAAGGGGGACAUUCUUGUCCGUUUUAGGCUUAAAGUGAGAACUGAGCAUUUUCUAAACAAAAUAUAAUACCAUGAAAUCAGGUACACAUUUAUUUGGCCUCUAAGACAACAAUGGCUCAGCAGUUGUGGGUUAUCCCAUUUUGCCUCGAUCCAUUUUAUUCCCUUUUAUCUUGUGGGGACAUGACCCAGUCCAGCUCCGUCAACAACAGAACAAAAGCAACAAUGUUCCUGAUAAUGUCCGCUUAGCUUGGUUGCUCUGAGAGUGUAUUCUCUUCUUUUCUUUUAAUCCAUCAACAAGCAAAUUGUCAACACAACUGACCUCCUCAUGUGCUAAGGAUGUAGUUACCAGGGCCCUUGUCACAUACAUGUAUUCACCAUAUUGUUUGCUUACAUUCGAUUAGGUCCGGAUUUCUUCCUGAGUCC